AUGUGGCCCUUUUCAACAUAUCCGGAGAAGACAGCGGGUGAUGUAGCCGGAAAGACGUUCGACUACAUCAUUGUCGGUGGCGGUACGGCUGGAUGCCUAAUUGCGCACCGCCUUUCUGCGUCCCCAAACGCCUCAGUUCUAGUUCUGGACAAGGGUCGCGUCAACGCCGGGGUUCUCUCGCGGAUCCCACUACUUGGCAUCCUACAGAGCGGGGUCGUCCGCUACCACGCGGAACCCAAUGCGCACUUGCGCGGGCGACAUGUGCAACUCCUGGCUGGCGAAAUGCUGGGUGGUACUAGUCGCGCUCACUCCAUGGUAUGGAGUCCCGGCGGCCGCCCGGAAUUCGACGGCUGGGCGCGUGAGCUUGGGUUGGACGAAUGGAGCUGGGAGAAGGUAGCGCCGGCUUUUGCGCGGAUUGAGAAGGAAAUUCCACGCAAAGGGGCGGGUGAUUUAGGUCUCAUGUCGUAUGUAGAUGCGGCGAUGGAAAGAGUAGGACUGGAUGAUGGAGGGGGAAAGCGAGGCACCCAGAGAUAUACCCGCAGCGAGGUCUCGGUCGAUGCAGAUGGGAACAGGGUCUCUGCGUUAACGGCGUGGCUGAAUGCCUCGGUUGUGAAUGGGAGGAAGGGGCGACUGACGAUUAGUCCUGGAGGGGGUGCAGACAUUUUGGUCAAGGCGAAGCAGGAGGUGAUUCUCUGUAGCGGCGUCUUCGGCACGCCGCAGCUGCUGAUGAAAAGUGGAAUUGGCCCUAAGGACCAUUUGUCCGCUCAUAAAAUUCCCGUGGUGCAUGAUCUCCCCGCAGUGGGUGCGCAUUUGACCACCCACAUCCUUGUACCAGUCAUGACAGAGCUCCCACUGAAGCACACACUGCAUAUCAUUCAGACGGUGGCUAUCCUCUGGCAUUUCUUGCUGUGGCUCUUCUCCGGGACUGGAGUGCUUUCCUCUAACGGUCAAUGGGGCGCUGCGUUUUUGCACUCGGAUGCACUCAACGAGGGAACGAUGACAGUAGUCCCACCCGAAGACGACGAGAAGGAAGUGACUGAUCUUGAAAUUCUGAUUGCCCCACUUAGCACGCUCAUCGAGCACGGUGUCCCCGGAGUGCCCUGCAUGACGUGGUACGCGGCUCUUGUGCAGCCCCACACCACCGGCAGCGUUGAGCUCACGUCUAGCUCUGACGCGAAAUCGGCCCUGAAAAUUACGCUCCCAAUGCUGAUCGACGCUCGCGACAGCGCGCGGCUGCGUAAGGCGGUGCGGUUCGCUAUGCGGUUGGCAGACGAGUUUGCGGGACCGGAGGUCGGGUAUCCAUACCCGGCACCGUUAACGAUGGCUCCCGGGAUGGAUUUGGGGUAUUUAGACGGUCUUAUGGACAGGAAAAAGAGCAAGAGUGACAAGAAAAAGCUUACAAGGGUGUUGCCACCACAGAAGGACGCUUGGAGAACCGUGACUGAUGCGGAAAUUGAUGAGUAUAUAAAGAGGCUGGUGACAGGGAGUUAUGAUCCUGCUGGCACGUGCCGGAUGAGUCUUACAAAGGAGGAGGGUGUGGUAGAUCAGAACUUGAAGGUAUAUGGAGUGCGCAACCUGCGAAUUGCAGAUGCAAGUGUGCUUCCCCGGUGUGGGGGCGCUUCGAUCUCGGCGUCCAUUUAUAUGAUUGGGGAGCGGUGCGCUGAGUUUGUCAUGAAGGAGGAUGGUUUUUCUUCCUAG